GGGAGCCAGCACUGAAGAGCCGGGGCGGAGCCGCAGGGCACUAGGGGAGUGUGACUCCGUGGGCCUGGGGUGGAGGGGGGGCAAACUGCAGCUGGCUGGGAAUCGGGGCUGGUUUCCUGUCUGGAAGGGAAGGGGCCCGCAGAGGGGAGCGGGGUUAGCAGCAGACAGGCACACCCCUGACUUUCUCUCUCCCUCCUCCCUCUCCUCUCUUCUGCUGGAAAAGCGAGCUGGGAGAACAGCUGCCACCAAAGCAAGACUGGACACUGUGUGCCCAGAGCCCCCUCUGCAGCUGGCCUCUCCUCCUGGGACCCCGCUCAUCCUCACCUCGCUUUCCUUUCCUCCCCUGCCUGGUUCCCAGCAGGGCCUGGAACAGCAGGCAAUAGGCGAGAAGUUUGUCACAGCAGCCAGAGGGGUCUAACAGGAGCCCGUAGGGACAGGGGCAGCCUUUGCCUACUGCCCAAGAGCUGCCCUUCUCUUUCAAGAUUGAGAGCAGUGGGAGGAGGAACUGUGGGGCAACGUGGUGCCUGCCCCCCCUUCUGGAGGGGUCUGCAAGGGAAGGGGCGCUGGGGGGCACAGAGAUGCAGGACCGAUUGCACAUCCUGGAGGACCUGAAUAUGCUCUACAUUCGGCAGAUGGCGCUCAGCCUGGAGGACACGGAGUUGCAGAGGAAGCUAGACCAUGAGAUCCGGAUGAGGGAGGGGGCCUGCAAGCUGCUGGCAGCCUGCUCCCAGCGAGAGCAGGCUCUGGAGGCCACCAAGAGCCUGCUCGUCUGCAACAGCCGCAUCCUCAGCUACAUGGGCGAGCUGCAGCGGCGCAAGGAGGCGCAGGUGCUGGGGAAGACUGCCUGGCGGCCUUUUGACAGCGGCCCGCCAGCUGACCGCUCCCCCUGCCGCGGCCGGGUCUGCAUCUCUGACCUCCGGAUUCCACUCAUGUGGAAGGACACGGAAUAUUUCAAGAACAAAGGUGACCUGCACCGCUGGGCUGUGUUCCUGCUGCUGCAGCUAGGGGAGCACAUUGAAGACACGGAGAUGGUCGUGGUAGACAGGACCCUCACGGACAUCUCCUUUCAGAACAGCAUGCUCUUUGCGGACGCGGGACCAGACUUCGAGCUGCGGCUGGAGCUGUAUGGCGCCUGCGUGGAAGAGGAGGGGGCCCUGACGGGUGCUCCCAAGAGGCUUGCCACCAAACUUAGCAGCUCCCUGGGCCGCUCCUCAGGGAAGCGUGUCCGGGCGUCGCUGGACAGUGCUGUGGGCUCAGGGAGCAGUCCCAUUCUGCUCCCCACCCUGGCUGUGGGUGGUCCCCGUUACCACCUCUUGGCACACACCACACUUACCCUGGAAGCAGUGCAAGAUGGAUUCCGCACACAUGACCUCACCCUCACCAGUCACGAGGAGAACCCUGCCUGGCUGCCCCUUUAUGGUAGCGUGUGUUGCCGCUUGGUGGCCCAGCCUCUCUGCAUGACUCAGCCCACUGCAAGUGGUACCCUCAGGGUACAGCAAGCUGGGGAGCUGCAGAGCUGGGCCCGAGUGCACGGAGUCCUGAAAGGCACAAACCUCUUCUGUUACCGGCGCCCGGAAGACGCAGAUGCAGGGGAAGAGCCGCUGUUUACUAUUGUGAUCAACAAGGACACUCGGGUCCGGGCAGGAGAGCCGGACCAGGCCCCAGGGCGGCCCUUCACCCUGAGCAUCAGUAACCAAUACAGGGAUGAUGAGGUGAAGCACACUUUUCAGACAGAGAGCCGGGGUGCCCUGCAGAGCUGGAUGGAGGCUCUAUGGCAGCUCUUCUUUGACAUGAGCCAGUGGAAGCAGUGCUGUGAUGAAAUCAUGAAAAUCGAAACACCUGCUCCUCGGAAACCACCCCAGGCACUAGCCAAGCAGGGGUCCUUGUACCAUGAGAUGGCUAUUGAGCCGCUGGACGACAUCGCAGCGGUGACAGACAUCCUGGCCCAGCGGGAGGGCCCGAGGCUGGAGACGCCCCCACCCUGGCUAGCAAUGUUUACAGACCAGCCUGCCCUGCCUAGCCCCUGCUCACCUGCCUCAGUGGUCCCAGCCCAAGCCCGGAUCCAUCCCCUGCCAUGGGGGCGACCCCGAACCUUCUCCCUGGACGCUGUCCCCCCCGACCACUCCCCUGGGGCUUCCCGCUCGGUUGCCCCUCUCCCUCCUCAGCAAUCUCCACAGUCCAGAGGCCUCUGCAGCAAAGGCCCACCCCAUACUUGGCUCCAGUCACCAGUAUGAGAGAGGAAGGUGCUGACAACAGGAUGCAGCCAGAAGAGGAAACGACCUGUGUGCAGUCGGGCUCUGGAUACGGCGCUGUCUGCUGCAGGCUGGCCAGCCUGGCCUCCCCUUCCUCUGCUGGACUGGGAGUAGGCUGGGGAGGGGAGCCAGAAGCCCAGCUCAAGCUGUGAUUGCCAUGGUGCUGAGCGAUGCAUUCUCAGGGCUGGCUGGGACCCCCUAAACACUUUCUGGGAGAAAACUGGAACCACCCCUGCCCUACCUGCCUGCACUAACCAGCUUUGAGGAUGGCACUGAAGAGCCCUGGGAGGGAAUGCCUCCCCUGUGACUCCCACAUCCACCAUUAAAAGUUAUUUAACAGCAGCCUUUUCCUGGCUCUUGAGGA